AUGGUCAGAGCAGAGAGUGACGUCCACAUGGGCAGAGCAGCGAGUGACGUCCACAUGGUCAGAGCACGAGUGACGUCCUACAUGAGUCUAGAGCAGAGAGUGACGUCCACAUGGUCAGAGCAGAGUGACGUCCACAUGGUCAGAGCAGAGAGUGACGUCCACAUGGUCAAGCAGCGAGGGGGGGGGGGGGGGGGGGGGGGGGGGGGGGGGGGGGGGGGGGGGGGGGGGGGGGGGGGGGGGGGAGAAGGGGGGGGGGGGGGGGGGGGGGGGGGGGGGGGGGGGGGAAAAAAAAAAAAAACACCAUUGUGCGCCACUACAGCGCUGUAUCCUCCAGUGCCUCUCUGCAGCUGUAUCCUCCAGUGCCUCUCAGCAGCAGUAUCCUCCAGUGCCUCUCUGCAGCGUAUCCUCCAGCACCUCUCCUGCCAGCGUAUCCUCCAGUGCCUCUCUGAGCAUGCUGUAUCCUCCAGCUCCUCUUCUGCAUCAGUAUCCUCCAGUGCUUCGUUCUGCAGCUGUAUCCCACAUCACCUCCUCUGCCGCUGUAACCUCCAGUGCCUCGUCUGCAGCUGUAUCCUCCAGUCCUCUCUGCAGCUGAAUCCCCAGUGGCCUCUCUGGCAGCUGUAUCCUCCAGUUGCCUCUCUGCAGCUGUACCUCCAGUGCCUCUUCUGCAGCUGUAUCCUCCGAGCACCUCUCGUCAGCUGUCAACCUCCAGUGCCAUCUCUGCGCCAGCUGUAUCCAUCCAGCGCCUCUCUGGCAGCUGUAUCCUCCAUUGCGCUCACUGCAGCUGUAUCCUCCAGCACCUCUCUGCCGCUUGCCUCUCUGCAGCUGAAUCCCUCCCAGCGCCUCUCUGCAACUGAAUCCUCCAUUGCCUUUCUCUGCAGCUGUACACCCUCCAGCACCUCUCUGCAGCUGUAUAAACCAGUGCACUCUCUGCUGCUGUAUCCUCCAUGCUCUCUGCAGCUGAAUCCUCCAGUUCACUCUCUGCAGCUGUAUCCUCCAGCUCCUCUCUGCAUCUGUAUCCUCCAAGUGCCUCUCUGCGCUGUAUCCUCAAGUGCCUUCUGCAGCUGUAUCCUCAAUAUCCUCCAGGGCCUCUCUGCAGCUGUAUCCUCUAGUGUGCCUCUCUGCAGCUGUAAUCCUCCAGUGCCCUCUCAUGCAGCUGGUAUCAUCCGUGCCUCUCUGCAGCUGUAUCCUCCACGCCUCUACUGCAGCUGUAUCCUCCAGUGCCUCUCUGCAGCUGUAUCCUCCAGUGCCACUCUGAUCUGUAUCCUCCAGCGGCUCUCUGCAGCUGUAUCCUCCACGCCUCUGCAGCUGUAUCCUCCAUUGGCCUCUUCUGCAGCUGUAACCUCCAGCGCCUCUCUGCAGCUGUAUCCACCAUCGCCUCUCUGCAGCUGUAUCCUCAGUGCCUCUCGCAGCUGUAUCCUCCACGACUCUCUGCAGCUCCGCCUCUCUGCAGCUGUAUCCUCCAGGCCUCUUCUGCAAGCAGUAUCCUCCAGCGCCUCUCAAGCAGCUGUACCUCACUCCAGCUCCUCUCUGCAGCCUUAUCCUCCAGCUAGCCUCUCUGCAGCUGUAUCCUCCAUGCCCUCUGCCAGCUGUAUCCUCCAGCGCCUCACGUCGCUGUAUCCUCCAGCGCCUCUCUGCAGCUGA